CACCAAGGUGGGGUUGGUUGAUCGACCGUACCCUCCGCCAGUUUUCUAGUCGUCCUGACGAGCUCCAACGUUCAUUCUACCUCGAUCAGCCGAACUCGCCAGUUCUCUACCAUCCUCCAGAGAGAACGUCGCCACGAGAGAAGGUAUCCAAGAAAGAAGACUUACCAGAAGUCUGACCUGUAGAGAACAGUCAAGGCUAAGAAAGAUGAUGUACGAUUGGGUGUGGUUACUGGCUCUAUGCUCUCUCAUCGUGAUAACCCAAUCCUUGCCGACGAAUCUGGCGGAAGACGGAAAAAAGACUGAUCAAACGAUGAGACCAAAACCUAAACGAGCACAGGAGAUGUUAAUGUUUGGUAAUCAACAAAAUCGUCAAGCAGAAAGUAACACAGGUGGGUCCUCUUACUCGUCUACCGCAGAAAAGAGAACUCUAUCCUCGUCAGGAUUAGGUGGGCUGAAAGCAGCUCUAGUCGAGGAAGAGAAGUCUUCUCGUUUCAACACACCGAACAAUGCCAUGUACGAUCGUGAUUCCUUUUCACCCUACGAAAAGAACUACGAUUACAGUAAGGUCCUUGUUAACGAGCUAGGCAACGAGAUGCCUCAAGUAUGGGAUGUUCCUGCGUACUCUCGUUACUACAUGAACGAGGAUCGUCGAAAGAGGUCCGAGAAGUCUGGAACGAGCGGAUCAACCACCAUGAAACCGUCUACCUCGUCGUUCCAAUCCUCGACAUCCACUCAGCAGUCCGCGUCACAGACACAGGCGAAGAGAAGCGUUCCAAUUUAUCAAGAACCACGAUUCAAGAGGGAAUUGGAUAUCGAUCCGGAGGAUGUGUUAACUCUGUUGUCCCUUUGGGAAAACGAGCGUCGCAAACGAAAUUGGCACAAGUACAUGAACGAAGAGUACGAUAACGUAGACGACGAAGACAAUCUUCUUGACGAAGAAGAUCCUAGAAAUGUUAUCCCAUGGGUGGAUUCAUCGGUGUACCCUCCUCGUCAUUAUAGUCUGGACUCUUUAUCACCGUCAGACAUAGGAAUUAUACGUACUCAUCCAUCUAGCUAUUAUGAACAAUACGAGAACCAGUAUGGUCAGCAAUACGAUGGUACUCCUCAAUAUGGCCUUGUUUAUCCUCAACAAAGUUACUACAAUGUCCCUGAGAAGAGGUUCAUGGUUUCCAGAAAACGCUCACAGGCAUACGAUCCUUACUCCAAUUCUGCUCAGUAUCAGAUAAGCACUCAAUCGCGAGGAUACCCUUACCAACACCGCUUAGUCUAUUAAAAUGACCCGUUGUUGCUCGAUAAAAAUACGUAACGACAAACUACAUUAUCGAGAACGUGAUCAAGAAAAGCGAGAGAUAUAAAGAAUUUAGUAAGAAAAAGAGGGUAACGAACUGACGUUUUCGGACUCACGUAUACGCAAGACAAGAAACUAAUAAAUAACACAGAAAUUUCGAGAUUCUCUGACUGAACGCCUCUCUCUCUGACGCCCCCGUUCUUUUAGCUACUUCGUCUUCGUUCUGAACACAAUAAUACGUGCUCGAAAAACGAAUAAGAGAGGACUUUACUUUAAGAAACACGGUGCUCAGAAAGACUAUACACGAUCUACAAGAGCCUGCUGAAGAGACAAUAGCCAUUUUGGUAGAAGUUUCAAUUGUUUGGCUAACAAUGUGCGUUGCGCAAGGACUUGUGUUAAUUUCAUUUUGAAUCUAUCUGAUACAUCUGAUUCCAGCAUGCUCUUGUAUUAUUUCAUUAACACGUUGACUGCCAUAGGACAGUUAAUUAAUUCUUUAAUCAACUUGAAUGACUAAUUUUUAAUAAUUUGAUUAACUUGAAUUUGUAACAUCUCGAACCUCGUCGUAGUUAGCGUGUUAAAUGAUAAAGUUAGAAAUUCAAGCUCUCCUUGCUUGCAGCACGGGCAGGAUGAGCACCGAUCAAUCGUGCGACGACUGAAAUCGUUAAAACAAUCUUAGCGUACUCGAAUUAAACUAUCCUCGUGCUUGUCUGACUGAUAUUAAAAAUGAAUAGUUACUUUUUCAUGGAU